AUGUUUGUAGAUUUUCAAACCUGCCGCGAUUGCCCCCCGGCAAUUGAUGUCAUCUUUCCUUUGUUUAUGAAUUUGAGAAUGGAAUGCGAGGAGGAGUAUUUGAAAUAUUAUUGGGACCAAUUUAAGAGUAUUUUGGCAUCAAAUGACGAUGAUGGUGGCGAGAGUUGGGGUCUAAGUGAAUCGGAUUUCCUGGAAUCUUAUAAGGAGUUUAAAUUGUUCGGUUAUGUCUACCGGGCCUUGACUGCGACUAUUUUGAAUGUUCCCAAAGAAAUUGUCACCGAAGAGUAUAAAAAUGUGGAGCGGACAACGCCAUUGAUGAAGUACAUGGAGGAGAAUGAAGAAUUUCGAAUGCUAAUGGAAGAAUGUGUGGAGGAUGUUAUUGAAGCAGUGGCGAACAUGUCGACGAAGGAUGAGACUUUUUAA